CAAGAUCAAUUUUUUUAUGAACCAAAAUAAUUUUUAAGAAAAAGAAGAAAAAGAGUAUAACUAGCAAAAGCUGCGCGCCACUCAAAUGUGGAAGAAUUUCUGAUUGUGGAUUUGAAACAAACAGCCAUGGCCCUGAAGCUUCUGUGGCCUCCUCCACCUUCUCCUUCUUCUUCAGCUCUAUCGCGCCCAAAUUCCUUCUUCUUCUCUUCCACUUUCGCUUCUAGUCCCACACCCGUCUCCAGGACGCUUGAUCACCUCUUCCAGCGGCGAUCGAAGAAGGAAGGUUUGAGGCGAAGACCGGUGAGCGCUUGCCUGAAGGUGGAGCAACAGCAGGGAGCCGCAAAGGCAACGAACCAGUGGGGUAAAGUUUCUGCUGUGCUUUUCGACAUGGAUGGAGUGCUCUGCAACAGCGAAGAGCCCUCUAGAAUGGCGGCCGUGGAUGUCUUUGCUGAAAUGGGUGUUCAGGUCACGGUGGACGAUUUUGUGCCGUUCACUGGCACUGGUGAAAUAAACUUUCUAGGCGGGGUAGCGAAUGCUAAGGGAGUUGAUGGGUUUGAUCCGGAGGCAGCCAAGAAGAGGUUCUUCGAGAUCUAUCUGGAUAAGUAUGCAAAACCCGAGUCUGGGAUUGGAUUCCCAGGUGCUCUUGAACUGGUUACUCAGUGCAAAAACAAAGGCCUCAAAGUAGCUGUUGCUUCUAGUGCUGACCGUAUAAAGGUCAAUGCGAACUUGGCUGCUGCUGGUUUACCUAUUUCAAUGUUUGAUGCUAUUGUGUCAGCAGAUGCUUUUGAGAACUUGAAACCAGCUCCUGACAUUUUCUUGGCCGCGUCAAGAAUAUUGGAUGUUCCACCUAGUGAGUGUCUUGUGAUUGAAGACGCAUUAGCAGGUGUACAGGCUGCUCAGGCAGCAAACAUGAGAUGCAUAGCUGUGACAACUACCAUGUCCGAAGAGGCUAUGAAAAAUGCUGGCCCCUCUCUCAUCAGAAGCCAGAUAGGAAGUGUUUCAAUUGAAGAUAUUCUGAGUGGUGGAUCUGAUUCCUAUAAUGAGAAGAUGCAGCAACCUCAGGUUCUGCAAUUUUCUGUACAGAAGUCCGAAGCUGUUGUUACAGACAGAAUGCAAAACAGCCCGAUCCUUAACGAAGAAAUUGCUAUCAGUGAGAAAGUUUCCUCUACAGGCGGGUUGCAGGGUUCUCGGCGUGAAAUCAUAAGAUAUGGAAGUCUGGGAAUCGCUUUGUCUUGUCUCUAUUUCGCUGUCUCAAACUGGAAGGCAAUGCAAUAUGCAUCCCCUAAAGCGAUAUGGAACGUGUUGUUUGGAGUCAACAGUCCUUCUUUUGAAAAGGGUGAAAGUGCAGGAACACCUCGGUUCUCUAGAGUCCAACAAUUUGUCAAGUAUAUAUCUGAUCUAGAAGCCAGGGGAUCUACUACCACAGUCCCUGAAUUCCCAUCAAAACUUGAUUGGCUUAACACAGCUCCACUUCAAUUUCGCAGAGAUUUGAAGGGAAAGGUCGUGCUGCUGGACUUCUGGACCUACUGCUGUAUAAAUUGUAUGCAUGUGUUGCCAGAUCUAGAAUUUUUGGAGAGGAAGUACAAAGAUAUGCCGUUUACUGUUGUUGGGGUACAUUCUGCUAAGUUUGAUAAUGAGAAGGAUUUAGAAGCCAUAAGGAAUGCAGUUCUACGCUACAAUAUAUCCCAUCCAGUUGUCAAUGAUGGAGAGAUGUAUUUGUGGCGGGAGCUAGGUAUCAAUUCAUGGCCUACAUUUGCUAUUGUUGGUCCUAAUGGAAAACUUCUUGCACAAGUAGCUGGAGAAGGCCAUAGACAGGACCUUGAUGAUUUGGUUGAGGCAGCUCUUCUCUAUUAUGGCAAGAAGAAGAUCCUGGAUAAAACCCCAAUUCCACUGAACUUGGAGAAAAAUAGGGACCAACGUUUUUACAAUUCGCCUUUGAAGUUUCCUGGAAAGCUGGCGAUUGAUGUACUUAACAAUCGACUAUUCAUCUCAGACAGCAACCACAACCGUAUAGUGAUAACGGACCUGGAUGGAAACUUUAUUUUACAAGUUGGUAGCACAGGAGAGGAAGGACUUCGUGAUGGUUCCUUUGAGACUGCAGCCUUUAAUCGCCCUCAGGGUCUGGCUUACAAUCCGAAGAAAAAUCUCCUUUAUGUUGCGGAUACAGAAAAUCAUGCAUUGCGGGAGAUCAAUUUGGUUGAUGAUACUGUGCGGACUCUCGCUGGAAAUGGAAACAAAGGCAAGGAUUACCAGGGAGGAGGAAAAGGAACUGACCAGGUUCUCAACUCUCCAUGGGACGUAUGCUUUGAGCCGGUGAAUGAGAAGGUUUACAUUGCUAUGGCUGGGCAACACCAGAUAUGGGAGCACGACACUAUGGAUGGAGUUACUAAAGUGUUCAGUGGUGAUGGUUAUGAGAGGAAUUUGAAUGGCUCAGACUCUAAGAGUACAUCAUUUGCUCAACCCUCUGGGAUUUCAUUUUCUCCAGAUUUGAAGGAGCUUUACAUUGCUGAUAGUGAAAGCAGCUCCGUCCGGGCCCUUGAUCUGAAGACAGGAGGAUCAAGGCUACUAGUUGGUGGAGAUCCAAUUUUCCCUGAAAAUUUGUUUAAGUUUGGAGAUCAUGAUGGAGUAGGAUCUGAAGUACUUCUUCAGCAUCCCCUGGGUGUAUAUUGUGCCAAAGAUGGUCAAAUCUAUAUAGCAGAUAGCUAUAAUCACAAGAUCAAGAAGCUAGAUCCAUCAACUAGACGAGUUACAACAAUUGCUGGAACAGGGAAAGCUGGUUUCACGGAUGGAAAAGCAAUAACUGCUCAGCUCUCUGAACCAGCAGGAAUCAUUGAACUGGAAAAAGGUAAACUGAUCAUAGCUGAUACAAACAACAGUGUUAUCCGGUGUUUGGACUUGAAUAAAGAAGAACCCGAACUUCGUACCCUGGAGCUGAAGGGCAUUCUACCUCCCGCUUCGAGAUCUAGAUCGUUGAAACGUCUAAGGAGAAGAGCGUCAGCCGAUACACAAAUAGUUAAAGUCGAUGGAGUUUCGACCAAUGAGGGAAAGCUGCUGCUUAGAAUAUCAUUGCCCGAGGAGUACCACUUCUCGAAGGAAGCUAGAAGUAAAUUCACGGUCGAUGCUGAACCUGAAGAGGUGCUGUCCAUCGAUCCCUCAGAUGGAUACCUUAGCCCAGAAGGAACUGCUGUCCUCCACUACAAGAGAGCUUCCUCCUCAGUUGCAACCGGGAAAAUAGGGUGCAAGGUUUACUAUUGCAAGGAAGACGAGGUUUGUUUGUACCAGUCGCUCAUGUUUGAGAUACCAUUCCAAGAGGAAAGUCGAGAGUCUACCGCGUCAGAAGUCACACUCGCUUACCUCGUGAGGCCCAAGGGAACAACUGGCUUGCAGCUACCGGUUGCAGGCUAACAGCAAGGGCCGUUGGCAUGUAUAUAUAUAUAUAUACUGUAAGAUCCCUAUUACAGCUUCCUCUCUGUUUCUUAUCACAUCCUAAUAGAGAGCCCCAUCAAUCAGAAUGAACAUUUGAUUGCUUGAACAUAUGAUGAGACAAGCACCAUAAAAGAUGUCAGAGUUAAACCAAAUAACCUCUUGUCAUUAGAAGUUUAGAACCCAAUUCGUUUUAUGUUAUCGUGCGAAGAAAAGUAAAACCUAUAAUUUUCUUGAUGUUUGGUGUAUAACUGUAUCUAAUGUUGUGUACUUAUGAGAAAUGUCUUAGCUGAGGGAGACAUGGAGAAAGGUCAAACGAUGCCUGAAAUACUGUUAUACGUUAUCCAGUUUCUAGAACUAAUAUUAGGUUUAGGGUUUCAGGAUUGAAAACUUUGUUUAAUGGGACUAAUGAUUAUGUGGCUCUGAUUGAAUGCUUAACGGAUUGUUAAGUUCAAUCAAUUAUAUUAGUUGUGCGUUGGCAGCAAGCUCAUUAGUUUAAGCUAUAAAAUAAUUAUGAUGAUCAAUGACUAAUUUUGAGUUUGACAUAAGCAAAGAGGGGUUGAUUGCUCAUCAAGGCAACGCAAGCACACCAUGCGCCGCUGUAUUGGAUUGGCUGGCUGGAGGUGAUUUAGCAAUGACAUCGGGCAAACUCGCGGGACCGGUUUAUUCGUGGAUUUAGCUUGAAUUGGUGGCUCGGGUAAAAUAUUAAAAAAAAAAACUUUCAGCACAAUUAGUUUUCUUGUUCUUGGUUUUAUGCUUCGUUUGAACGAUAUUCCUGAAUGGAGACGACACAAGUGCAUAUGGAUAAAUUUUGAGCACCAUA